AUGUCUUAUAGACUUAUAAAGAAGGUAGGUCUUUUGUCUACUAUUUCCUUUACAAUAUUUAUAAUAGCUUUAAAUGAUAAUGUUAUAUGUAUCCUUAUUAUCUAUAUGAACUAUAUUAUAACAUUAAAAUGUCUUAAAAUCGGGAUCAGGUUGUUUGAGCUCAGAUUAUUAUAUAUAUUUAAAUACGAAUUAGAAAUGGCUAAAGAUAUAUAA